AUGGGCAGGCCAUCCAUGCUUCUCCUGCUGCUCGCGGCGUCCUCUGCAGCUCUCACGAUCGCUGACCAUGAUCCGGCGAUGAUCAGUAGGUUCGAUCGCUGGAUGACCAAGCACGGCCGGGCCUACACAGACGCCGGCGAGAAGCAGAGAAGGUUCGAGGUGUACAGGAAGAACGUCGAGCUCAUUGAGGAGUUCAAUUCCGGCAGCAAUAGCUUCACGCUGACUGAUACCAAGUUCGCCGACCUGACGAACGAGGAGUUCAGGGCCAAGGUGCUCGGCUUGGGAGUGCCGGGAAGAACCGGCCGGCAGGCCCCCAGAAUAGAAGAGGUAGUUUCAUCUCUUGGCGACAGUGAUGAUGGUGAUCUUCCGAAGGAGGUGGAUUGGAGGAAGAAAGGGGCGGUGGUGGUGGUGAAGAACCAAGGGAGUUGUGGUUCUUGCUGGGCGUUCUCGGCGGUGGCGGCCAUCGAGGGUCUGAACCAGAUCAAGAACGGGAAGCUGGUUUCUCUGUCGGAGCAGGAGCUGGUGGACUGCGACGCGGAGGCCGUGGGUUGCGCCGGCGGGUUCAUGAGCUGGGCCUUCGAGUUCGUCAUGGACAACCACGGCCUCACCACCGAGGCCAGCUACCCGUACCUUGGCAUCAACGGUGUCUGCAACAAGGCGAAGCUGAACGAGACCACGGUGAGCAUCACCGGGUACAAGAACGUCACGGUCAACAGCGAGGCCGACCUACUGAAGGCCGCCGCGAAGCAGCCCGUGUCGGUGGCCGUCGACGCCGGCGGCUUCGUGUGGCAGCUCUACGGCGGCGGGGUCUUCGGAGGGCCGUGCACCGCCCAGGUGAACCACGGCGUCACCGUGGUGGGAUACGGCGAGACCAACUCUACCGGCGCUGACAAGCCGCCGGAGAAGUACUGGAUCGUUAAGAAUUCUUGGGGGGCGGAGUGGGGCGAGGCCGGCUACAUCCGCCUGCAGCGCGACGCCGGCGUGCCCACCGGCCUGUGCGGCAUCGCGCUGCUCGCCAGCUACCCUGUCAUGUGA